AUGAAAUCCUCCCAUUUUCUCCCUUUCAUAGCGGCUCUUGCAGCGUCGGUCACGGCGUCUCCUAUCCAGGAAGCCGCAGAUGAACAGAUCUCGCCCCGCGGGUCACCCGCUAGCGCCUGCUUCCCAUUUGCUGAUCCUCAUUGCCACGUACCUACGGUUUGCCAAUGUGCUAAUGGAUGGAUCUAUGAGUACAACCGGGACAACUAUAAUGCUGGUGGCAAUGGCUGCGAUCCCCCUUGGAGAUUUAUAGGCAAGAAAACGAGCCAGCACCCGAAAUUCCGUUGCUGA